GGUGCAGCUGUCCCCUUCAGACAGGCCAGCGCUCUGCCUUUGAGCAACCUUCAUAUCUGCUCGCUCCCUUGUAAAAACAAAUCGCCAAGUGGAACUAAGUUUCAUUGUUAAACUUAAAGGAGGGGUUUUUUUUGUAGGAGGAAUUGAUCAAAACACAGCGAACACUGAUGUGUUUUUUGAUUUUCACAGAAGGAUACCAAUUUACAGGAAACUAUUUUUUUCAAUUUUUCUCUCAACUGUGGAAACUCAUUUGCUUGGAAAAAAUAAAGUACCGGUACUUUUCUUCAGGGAGCCUGUCAUGAGCCAAGAGGAGGAGCCAGGACACGAGACACCUCAAACCCACGAUCUGCUGGGCCUUCUGCUGAAGAACAGACGCCCCCCCAGCCCCGCCAACCAGGUCUGGCCCGGCCUCUACAUCGGAGAUGUCGCUACCGCCAAGGAUAAGGGGCUCUUGGGGACCCUGGGGGUGACACAUGUGCUGAACGCCGCAGACGGGCCCCAGCACAUUGACACCGGGGCGGUUUAUUACGACGACACCGACAUCGUCUAUUAUGGGGUGGAAGCGGCGGACCACAAAACCUUUGACCUCAGCCCCUUCUUCCACCCCGCCGCUGAAUUCAUCCAGUACGCCCUGGCCCAAAAAGGUACGGUGCUGGUGCACUGCGCCCGGGGCGUCAGCCGCUCGGCCGCCCUGGUCCUCGCCUUCCUCAUGAUCCGAGAGCACCUGUCCCUGGUCGACGCCAUCAAGGCCGUGUGCAGCCACAGGAACAUCCUGCCCAACGCCGGCUUCCUGCGGCAGCUCCAUCACCUGGACACUUCCCUGGCUGCCGAGAGAAGCAGGAUGUAGACGGGGGGGGGGGGGGGGGGGUGGAGGAAGAGGAGCAGGAGAUCAAAACGCAGAGCCAGAGAGUCACGUAUUCACCGAGCACUAGAUGCACAUUUCAAUGGCACCAUUCCAAGAAACAUGGAUCCACAGUCUGUAGCCAGAGUGUGUACAAUCGCAGGGAUCACAUGUUGAAGAGUUCUGCGGGGUUUGUCAGAGAGAUAGGCCGCGCGGAGCGAGGGAGAGAGAGCGA